AUGUCUAAAGCAGCGCACAUUAGCAGACACCCGGCAGACAUGCUAUCCACUCCUUUCCGAAAACACUAUCACCUCAUCAGAGCCAUCCACCUCGGCACCGGAGCAUCUGCCGGCACCUGGAAAGCCAGGCUCCCAUCCGACCCCCCUCUCCCACCAAACUGGCUUGGACGAGACAUCUGGCUCCACGAUGAUCUUAUGACCAUAGCCUGGGGGACCCUAUCCCUAUACACCGUCGAUAACCACCACAUCACCCUCCGCCUCGACGGCGGUACGUGGUUCACCGGAUGCGUCGACCUAAGUACCCUUCCACCGAGCGUCGACGAGCUAGCCACCCCAAUCAGCGGGAGCACGUACCUCCUGAUACCCCGAGAGAUAGAAGCGAGUAUUCGUAAGGAGACUACGUGGGCGCAAUGGUGGAUUGCGAAAAUUUUCGGAUAUAUCCGCCCGAGCGAACCCCCCAUGGGAGAAACACCCUGGGCCCCUGCUUUCUAA